AAGGGGGCUGGCUCCUCUCCUCGUUGCAUCAUCCUCAGCCCUCGGCGCCGCUUCUGGAAGCCCGGUGCGGCGCACACGACUCCUCCGGUGCUCCAACCCGUGCCCGGGGCCUCCUCGCCGGCCCAGCCUUGCCCAGUCCUGCCCCGCACGUUCCUGCCCCGGCGCGCCAGCUAGGGAGGAGGAGGACGAAGCUGCGUGCGCUCCCGCUUCGCCCGCUCCGUCCGACCCGGUCCUCGGGGGAAGCAUCCCCGGGGAUCUCCAGUCCUCUUUCCCAGCCGCGGUCCGGGAUCAGCCCGGGUAGAGCCAGCCGGAGAACAUGGAGAAGAGCAACGAGACCAACGGCUACAUCGAGGGCAAGGAGCCGGCCCCCGAGCUGGGGGCCGGCGAGGCCGGCGCGCAAGGGCGGGCGCGGCGCUGCGGGGGUUUCCUGCGGCGCAACGCGCUGGUGCUGCUGACCGUGUCCGGGGUGCUGGCGGGCGCCGGGCUGGGCGCGGCGCUGCGGGGGCUAGCGCUGAGCCCCGCGCAGGCCACCUACCUGGCCUUCCCCGGGGAUAUGCUGCUCCGCAUGCUGCGCAUGGUCAUCCUGCCGCUCGUGGUCUGCAGCCUGGUGUCGGGCGCGGCCAGUCUGGACGCCAGCUCCCUGGGCCGCCUGGGGGGCAUCGCGGUCGCCUAUUUCCUGCUGACCACGUUGGGCGCCUCGGCGCUGGCUGUCGCCCUGGCUUUCAUCAUCCGGCCGGGAGCCGGCGCUGGGGCCCUCCUGUCCAGCGACCUGGGCUUGGAGAGCUCAGAAACACCCCCAGUCACCAAGGAAACCGUAGAUUCGUUUCUUGACCUGGUCAGAAAUCUGUUUCCAUCUAACCUUGUGGUAGCUGCUUUCCGCACGUACGCCACUGACUACAAGAGGGUCAUCCAGAACGUGACCUUUGGAAACACCACUUUAGAACAGUCCGUGCAGGUCCCCUAUGGCAUAGAGAUCGAAGGGAUGAAUAUUUUGGGCUUGGUCCUCUUUGCCCUGGUCUUGGGAGUGGCCUUGAAGAAGCUAGGCUCAGAAGGAGAAGAACUGAUCCGUUUCUUCAAUGCCUUCAAUGAAGCAACAAUGGUGCUAGUAUCUUGGAUUAUGUGGUAUGUUCCUGUAGGUAUUAUGUUCCUUGUUGGAAGUAAGAUUGUAGAAAUGAAAGACAUUGUCACCUUGGUGACCAGCCUGGGAAAGUACAUCUUUGCGUCAAUUCUGGGCCACAUCAUCCAUGGAGGGAUUGUUCUGCCACUCGUUUAUUUUGCUUUCACACGGAAGAACCCAUUCCGAUUUCUUCUUGGACUCCUCACACCAUUUGCAACAGCCUUUGCAACUUGUUCCAGCUCAGCCACCCUCCCAUCCAUGAUCAAGUGCAUUGAAGAAAAUAACGGUGUAGAUAAGAGGAUCAGUAGGUUCAUCCUUCCCAUUGGGGCCACCGUGAACAUGGACGGGGCGGCCAUUUUCCAGUGCGUGGCGACUGUGUUCAUUGCCCAGCUUAAUAACGUGGACCUGAAUGCAGGACAGAUCUUCACUAUUCUGGUGACCGCCACGGCUGCCAGUGUUGGAGCUGCGGGAGUGCCAGCUGGAGGCGUUCUCACCAUCGCCAUUAUCCUAGAGGCCAUUGGGCUGCCCACUCAUGAUCUCUCCCUGAUCCUGGCAGUGGACUGGAUCGUGGACCGGACCACCACCGUGGUGAAUGUGGAAGGGGAUGCCCUGGGUGCUGGUAUCCUCCAUUACCUGAAUGAGAAGGCAACAAAGAAGGUGGACCAUGAGCUCAGCGAGGUGAAAGUGGAGGCAGUCCCCAACUGCAAGUCUGAGGAUGAGACCUCCCCUCUGGUGACCCAUCGAAACCCAGCACCCGCUCCGGCCAGCGUCCCUGAGUUAGAGUCCAAGGAGUCGGUCCUGUGAGCAAUGGCGAAGCCUCGUGCUGGGCCCGCCACAGGUGGUAUGCAGCGUAUCGGCCCUGUCGCAUCUGGACCAAGCACCUCUUGGACCUUUGUACCUCCCGAGGGAUGCUUUGGGACAACACCCUAGGCGAUUUGUGUUACUUAGUGUGUGCCCUGGGGCUUCCCAGUGGGACCCAUUUAUCUUAAACCGGAACAAACACUUCCAUGUUUCUUGCUAUUCAUGUACAGAUGCCGCUCUGUGUGUGUGUGUGUGUGUGUGUGUGUGUAUGUGCUCUUGUAUGUGCAUACAUGUGAAUAUUCAUUUCUAAACAUCAUCCCUAUGACCUAUUACCACCACAUGUUGAUUAAAGCAAAUUAGAGCAAAUAUAUUCUCCACUGAAACCCAGUUAGCUCUGUGGGAAGGCAAGGUAUUGGUUAGUGUCCCUAGGGAUUCCCUAAUAGUGCCUAAUGAGUGGAAACAAAAAAAAAAUUGGCCUUCUCCCUUCUCUCUCCCCCACCUACCCUUCCAGCCUCCCCCCCACUUCCUCCCCCCAGCAAAUGGAAUCAGUAAACCAAGAGCAUUCCACUGUUGUUUGGAGAGGUUUGUGCCAUGGUGUAUGUGGCUUCUGUAUCCAUGGUCAUGCUGUGCCAAAGGAGAGCCUACUCAGUGGAUUUCAGCAUCGCUCACAUGCCAGCCAAUGUCAUAGGGUCUCUGGUCUUCUAGGAAGUCAGGGGUAGACUCCCUUCUGGCCCAGAGUCCCGACUAGCUCAGUCCACCUGUCCCCACCCUCAAUACCUAUCAAAGCUGAUUGCUUCCCUCAGCUAGAAUUUUGGCAAUGCUGCAGCUGUGUGUAUGUCUGGUAAUGAAUUCUGGUCUGACAGAAGGUCACAAGAUCAAACUCUGUGGUGCUGUACCCAUGGUGUCAGGUCAGGUGUCUCAUUUAGGGUGUGUGUGUGUGUGUGUGUGUGUGUGUGUGUGUGAAAAAGAGAGAGUUAUGUAUUUCAUCAACGUAUUUUAACUCUGCUACUCCAUUCUUUAGGGUGACACAUGGCCAGAAGGGUACCACCAGAGAGCGAGAAAGGGUACUGGCUAAUCCCAGGUCCCCUGGCUUUGAUUUGAGUUGGCUUUUUUGAGUGGAACCAAACCUACUUUAAAAGGAAAUGAUGGGAAAACUAAUCAGAAACUGAACAACAUGUCCUGCAUUCCUCAUUGAAGUAUUGGCUCCACCCGAAUCAAACUUUGUGAGAGGUUUUGGUACAUUGAGCAAAGAAGGCAAGGUAUUCCUACUAGAAAGAAUUAGACUUUAGAGGGAGGAGACCACAUAUCUACUUCUGACUUUGGUACUUCAUCCUUGUGUGACCUGGAGUCACUGUGCCUCACUCUUCUCCCCUCCAUCCCCAGUCUGUAAAAUAGGCGUAGUAAUACCUGUCUUUUACCUACCUCACAGGGAUUUGGUGAGGCCAGCUCAGUUAAUCUAAGAAAAGACCGCUGAGCUCUUUUGAAGGAAAUAUCUGGGAGGUAUUUUUAUUUAAUGGCCAAGUAAUAACUGUCCAAACAGGCAUCAGUCACAAUCAUUCAGACUGAUUCUUACAAGCAGAGCUUUGUUCCAUGUUUGUGUGUAUGUGUGUAAACAUAAACCUCCAUUGUGUUUCAUGAAUUUUUGUUUUAUGCUUUUUGAGUUCAGUCGAAUCUGUUGCUGGAUUUUCUUAGUAAUGCAAGGUUUCCACUCCUUAAAUCCUUGUCAUUCUCUCCCACCCCCUUGGUUUCUGUUCACUGGGGUGAAUGAAAGGGCAGUUUUGUACUACCUGGCUUUGCUGGAGCUCACAGUUGAUGGCAGGGAUUGUCACAGCAUGUGUUCGGCUACAUUUGAGGUGGGCCCCAUUUACCAACCCAGACUGAUCCAAAUCCAGCCCCAGAUUUCUCCGUCUUCACUUACCCAGGAGCCACAGGUAAGCUCUCACAAAGAUGAAUUGUAUCUCCAGUGCUUAGCACAGUGUUUGGCACAUAGUAGGUGCUUAAUAAGUGUUGAUUGAUUGAUUGAAAGGGGUAGAGAGGAGAAUGAUGGGACAGGGAGAAUCCCUCCCUCCCUCCCUCCCUUCUCCACACAUCCUCUAUCUUUGUAGACCUGUGCCCAGGCAGAAGGCAAAGAAGGAACCAAGGAGCAUGUAGAGGUGACAAACAAGUCUCAAUUCCCCCAUAUUGCAGAGAAAAGUCCUCAUGUGUAGCUCACUUGAAGCCAGCUUAGCUAAAAAGUCCUCUCCUAAAGCUCCAUAACAGCCAAGGCCAGUGGUUUAAAUGGAAAAAAUAAACUGAGGUCAAUCAGAAAGGCAAGCAAGGUGCAGGCACAUUUUUCUCUCUCUUAGACCUAGGGAAGCUCAUUGCUAGUGUCCUAGACUCAAAGAGGAAGAUAUUCUAGUGGUUUUUAAACGAUUAAAUCUUCCCUUCCUGUUUCCCACUUUUCCUGCUCCAAGAAGUAUGUUACGUGCACACGGAUGGUUUGCUUUUUGUUUUAGUUAACCAUUGAAAAACAGUUUCUGUCUAUCGAGCCCUUCCUGCUUGGACUUUGGUCUAAACUGUCACAGAAAUAAAUGGCCUGAUGCCCUGAUUUGGUCCCCAAUUUCCCCCUUCAUUCACUCAUUCAGCCAAAGGCAAUUAUAUUGUAGGAAGGAAAAAGCAGAGCUGGGAAAAUAAAGCCUAAUCAUGUACUGUGACAGUGCCUGACCCUAGAAGCUUGGGGGGAAGAGAAGGGAAUCUAAGUUAAUCUGUUCAGUUCAUCAGCCCUCUUUGAGACUUUGAAAGGAGUGGGAAUUGACAACUUCUUUUUGCUUUUGUCUGACCCGAGCCUGCCAGGAGGUUUUUCUGUAGAAGAUAUAAAACAAGGGUUAAGAUGUCAUUUUCUUGGUGCCCAUGACAAGGUUUUCCUACUUGCCCUUUUCUGAUAUUUGUUGUAAAUGGUGGUCCUCUCUAAUGGUGUGUGUGUGUGUGUGUGUGUGUGUGUGUGUGUGUGUGUGUGUGUGUGUAUGACUUGCCUUAAAACAGAGCACAGUCUUUGCCAACAAAUACAUGAUUUCUACUGGUU